GGAAACGCAUCCGAUGUUUGCUAAACCGAUAGAUGGCUGCCCAGAUGAAGUUAUUUGAGCCUAGUAUCCGCACAAAGCCAACAAAGAGAUCAUGGCGGCGGUGUUGCAGAGGCUCUCAAAAUGAGUCAGUCUCUGCCGGGCUCGCUGCCUCUCAACACUGCUGAGACAUAGAUUUUUAAUGACAAUGGAGGCUGGAGCAGACACACAGCAAAGUGGUGAAACGGUUGUGUCCGAGUCUGAGGCCCAGCACGUCACUUUGACCCAGGCGUCCAUAGCAGCUGGCCAGUUGACAACCAGCGGUUCCACCGUCACACUAGUGCAGUUACCUAAUGGUCAGACAGUCCAGGUGCACGGAGUGAUCCAAGCGGCCCAGCCCUCCGUCAUCCAGUCCCCUCAGGUCCAGACGGUACAGAUUUCAACCGUUGGUGAGAGUGAAGAUUCUCAGGAGUCCGUAGACAGUGUCACAGAUUGUCAGAAGAGGCGAGAGAUCCUGUCCAGGCGACCCUCUUAUAGGAAGAUUCUCAACGAUCUGUCGUCGGACGUUCCAGCGGUGCCUCGCAUUGAGGAAGAGAAGUCCGAAGACGACUCGGCACCCCCCAUCACCACGGUCACCAUGCCCACCCCCAUCUAUCAGACCAGCAGUGGGCAGUACAUCGCCAUCACGCAGGGCGGGGCCAUCCAGCUGGCCAACAACGGCACGGAUGGAGUGCAGGGCAUGCAGACGCUGACCAUGGCCAACGCGGGCCAGGGUGGCACCACCAUCCUGCAGUACGCCCAGACAUCCGACGGGCAGCAGAUCCUAGUGCCUAGCAACCAGGUGGUCGUACAAGCCGCCUCCGGGGACGUCCAGGCCUACCAGAUCCGCACGGCCCCCACCAGCGCCAUCACCCCCGGGGUGGUCAUGGCAACGUCCCCCGCACUGGGCUCGGGAGGAGGCACCGAGGAAGUCACGCGCAAAAGGGAGGUCCGACUUAUGAAAAACAGGGAGGCCGCCCGGGAGUGUCGCAGGAAGAAGAAGGAGUACGUCAAGUGUCUGGAGAACCGCGUGGCUGUGCUGGAGAACCAGAACAAGACCCUCAUCGAGGAACUCAAAGCCCUCAAAGACUUGUACUGCCACAAAUCUGAGUAGAGAGGACACCAAACGCCUGGCGGGGGCAUCGACCGGGGGCCCGCAGGUCCCCAUGUACAGAGACUCAGCAGAGAGCCAUGCAUCCGGACGCCAACCCCCACCACCCUUUUCUACUCUGGCUUUCUUUUUAAAAACUGCUGAAAAAUCUGUAAAAAAUAACUCCCCAGGAAGAGAUAGAGGGAGGGAGGGAGAGAGAAACAUCGGCCCUGCCUCUCCCACCGCGGUUCACGAAAACUGCAAUUCUGUUUUCUCCACCAAAAGGGCGCGGCAUUCAGAGCGCCGGACAGGGUGCUCGCGUCGGGAGGCGAGCACCACGAGGGGCCGCUCUGGACUCUCCGCCGCCGCCUCCACAGAUGGGACGCGCUCUGUCACUGGGGGCCGGGACAAAACGGGGGGGCGGGGUGCGGGCCGAUAUCACCAGCAACGGGGAAGUGCUCGACAACCGUCGCCAACGACGACGGACCUUUUUACAGUUGGAGCGCCCCGGGACACUUGGCUCACGUGGAGAGGUGUCCUUUAGUGUGCAUCGUUUGUCAUUGUACCAUUGCAUUAACAGCUGUUACUUACUAAUGCUUUGAACUGUAGAUGGGCUGCGUCAUGGACAUUUUAACCUUUUAGCUGUCUUUUGUUUUAUGUAUUGGAUCGUCUGCUUGCAUAAUGUCAGACCUAUUUUUUUAUUUUAUUUUUUACUUUAUUUUAUUUUACUUUGCCUUGAUACGACCAGAACAACAACAACAAAAAUCAUCCCAUUCAUGAUGAGUUCUAAAUGGGUUUUCAUGUCAAAUGCAGCUUUAAAGAAACAUGACAAAGACAGGCCAAAGUCGGGAUCCUUCGAGUGCAACGCGGUGUUUGUGUACCGACAACUAAGGCUCAUUGUUUUUGAUUCCCAACUUUUCCCGCAGAUCUGCUUUACGGUCGCCGUAGGUGACGGUAAAUUUCCGGUCUGUACCGGUGCGUUUGGAGCUUCGUUCCGAACGCUGACUUUAAUUUAGCAUUGUUCUGCAUGUGCUUUAUUUUUGUAUUUGUUGAAGUAAGUUCCAGUGGUGGCAGCGUAUGACUGCGCCCGAUUUGUGUGUUCAAAAAGCUCAACGUAGUAUUUUAUUUGUAGAUAUUUAGCCUUUUGAAAGACAUGGGAGUCCUACAUCUACAACGACUGGGUUGUGUCGUAGCAAUCUAAUCCAACAGCGCCACAAUGCUAAAACAAAAAUGGCCUUUUCUACAUUUUAAGUCUUCGGAAGCUUCAAAUGGGAAAACCAAACAUUCGGCACAGCUGUAGGAAAUUUCCUUCCCAUUAAAUUUCUGUAAAAAUCUGAUUAAAUGCUAACAACAUUUUGUCCAUGCACCAGACUGUAAAAAAAAAAGGUGACUAUAGAGUUUGUGUUUUAAAAGUUUUUUGUACUAUGGACUUUCCAUCCGUUUUUUAAAAAUAAAUUCCAUUUACCCAUGGAUUCUUUUUGAAAGAAGAUCAAAAAGAAUGAGCCUUACUUGUUCCCGAAGCAUCUAUAUGUGACAUUUUGGAGACUCAUGGAGACUUGAGAUUCCAUGGAUCUCUUGGUAUUAAGGGGUCUUUUGGUGGAACCUCCACACGGUUUUGUUACAGGGGGGGGGGCAUAUAUAUAUAUAUAUAUAUUACUAGUUUUUUAUCUUGAAUAUGAGAUACCAGGUCCCCUUUAUGUCAUUUUGUCUCCAGAUUGAGUUUUCUAGGGUAACAAGGUGGCCAGCGCACUUUCCUUGCACACACAAUCAUCCCACACGAUUUCACAGGGAAACCUCUCACUCUUACAAGGUGCCUCUCAGAUUUUGCUUCAAAGUACCGCUGCUAAACGGCAGUGAAUCACAACAUGACCGCGCGCGUUUUGCUUUAUUCUGAAGGCGUCAGCAUGCAUUUAAUCAGACGUCAAUGGUUGUGUGGAGCCUUAAAUCUCGGCUCGGUUGCACCUUUCAACACAUCCUCCAAGGAUUAUAAAGUGUGACCCAAUCAGACUUCACACUGAACUAAAAGUAUAUUUUAAUCAUAGUGGAAUGCCACGUUGGAUUAUUUAGUAACAACUGUGCUUUUUUUAUGUUGCUUUUCAUUCAUUUUGUAUACACAAUUUGUAAAUGUCAACAUAAACUUGUAUGAUACAGUGCAUUACGCUAGAGCUAUUCACAUAUUACAUUUUUGGCAGCUGUUAAUAAAUGUGUUUCUGGUAA